UGGAACAACAUGACUGGCAGUGGAAUCAGCUUGCGCGCAUUCAGAGACUUGCCUGGCCUCCUCGCCUGCCUUUCCUGUCGUCCCGUUGCUUUUGCUGUUUUCCGCUUCCUCCGUUAUAUCUUUCAUACUAAACGUGUUGACUUUGAGCUAAACCUCGACACUAUGAAGCCCUAUUGUAUAGUCGCUAACGAGCUGGCCGACGUCAAUUCCCAUCUCCAUCCUGCUCUGUUGGCCUUCGUUACAGAACUUUUGGCUUCUUCUGUAGAAGGAAUGGGUGAUCUAAGUCAAGUAAUUGUUUGA